AUGUACGCGACCAAGCCGCUGUCCCUGUUCAAGAGCCACCCGGAGGCGGCGUCCCGGCCACCGCCGGAGGGCCGGAACACCGGGUACCUCGUGGUCAAGGGCCCCGGCGACGACGGCGAGACGUGCUGCUGGGGCACCUGCGGCGGGACGCGCGUGCGGGACCUCCCGUUCCCGCAGAACCGCGUGCUCACGGUGCGCUACACGGAGGACCACGGCGAGGGCAGCGCCACCUACGCCGACGCCGUCGUGUUCGUGCCCGUCCCCGACCAGCCCCUCGCGUCCAACCGCUACUACCCGCCUACCCAUUUCCCUGCACCUUGCGCGAUGUUCCAAAUCAUCACGGCGACCGGAAUCGCGUACAUGGGCUCACGUCGCCAGAACGUCAGCCAUCCCCGCGUCACCGUCGAGGACUUCAUGCCCAUGCCGAGGUGGUUCCCCUCCCCACCUUCCCUCGCCUUCCGCCGCCACGAGGCCGCCUGGAUCGCCGCCGCCAACCAGCUCAACGCGUCCGGCGUCCUCCUCGUGGUGCGCAGCUGCCCGGAGGUCGAGCAGCCCCGGGUGUUCCCGCUGCUCCAGGAGCUCUUCCGCAAGCCCGUCCUCCCCGCCGGCCUCCUGCUCCCGGAGGACGGUCUGCGCGAGUCCGACGGUGACCAUGGCGACGGCACCGGCGUCGCCGUCGCACGGUCCAGUGCCUUGCAGUGGCUCGACGAGCAGCCUCCAGGGAGCGUCGUUUACGUCGCGCUGGGUAGCGAGGCGCCGGUGACGGCGGCGAGCGUCCGCGAGCUCGCCGCGGGGCUCGAGCUCUCCGGGGCACGCUUCCUGUGGGCGCUCCGGCCGCCGAGCGGCGCCGCCGCCGGCACGCCGCUGCUGCCGGACGGGUUCGAGGAGCGCACGCGGGCGCGCGGCAUGGUGUGCGCGGGGUGGGUGCCGCAGGUGCGCGUGCUGGCGCACGCCGCGGUGGGCGCGUUCCUGACGCACAGCGGGUGGGGCUCCGUCGCCGAGAGCCUCCGGUUCGGCCUCCCGCUGGUGAUGCUGCCGUUCAUCCUCGACCAGGGCCUCAUCGCGCGGAUGAUGGCGGAGCGGGGUGUCGGCGUGGAGGUGGAGCGGCGCGACGACGAUGGCUGGUUCGGCAGGGACGAUGUCGCCGAGGCCGUGAGGCGCGUGAUGGUGGGGGAGGAGGGGAAGAUGCUCGCGCGCAAUGCCAGGAGGCUGCGGGAGGCGGUCGUCGGCGACGACGGUGGCCGGCAGGAGUUGUACGUCGACGAGCUCGUUCAAUUCUUGCAGAGGCACAAGUAGUUCACCUAGUCGCUUUGAGGAAUUGGGGCGACGCAAGUGUUCCACGAGCUCAGCUCGUUGAAUGCUACUCAAGACAAUUGCAUUGCAUUAUUGGUGUACCAUUGGCUGAGAUUUAUUUUACUACGGUACAUCUUCAACAAGCUGCAUCUGAUAUCUUCUUAUGAACUGUAACAGUAUGCGUUACAAGUUUCGUUCUAGGAC